CAUUCUUAUCAUUAAUAUGAAUGCAUCCAAAGGGUCGUUGGUUUUGAAUCAAAUGAAAAGAAAUAAUUUAAUGGCAGACGACACUCGAGUCGCACAGAUUAUGGAACAGCUGGAAGUGGCCAUCGCUUACGGCCAACACAAACGGGCCGCUGUAUUGGCCAAGGAGUUGGCUAUUAGAAAAGUAGCCUGCACUCUUAAUAGGUCUGGUAUUCCCAACAACAACACAAAUUCUCCUAUUAUCGCCUAUCUAUACAUUGAGGAUAGACAUACUCACAAGGGACCCAUUCCUUUCCAAGUGUAUCCAUCAAUGUCUGUAAAUAUGCUUAAACUAAAAGUGGAGAAAGAAUUCAGUAUUCCCUCUGAUAUGCAAAAAUGGAUUUUAGGGAAAACUUUGGCCACAAAUCUAAGCGCAUCGUUAGCUACAUAUGGCAUAACGUGUUCUGGUUGUCCCAUAUUUUUAUAUUUAUUACCCGAAGAGCCCAAACAUGCGAUAAUUGCGGACAAUCCGCAAAACAAUAUAAUGCCUCAAAAUGAGGAAUGGUUUCCAAAUGAUAUUCCGGCGCCUAUUUUAGACAACAAUUUACAACCAUUGGAACCGCUCUUAAUACCAGAGACCAGUGAUACUAUACAUGCAUUCGAUUUACAUUCAGAUACUAAUGUGAUUCCCGAAGAAGUGGACAAUGUCCACUUCUUCGGGAAUCACAUUAGUAUCUGA